AUGAUGCCCACCUCAGAUGCGAUAUCUAGACGAGCCACGGGUAUAUGGCGUUUGAGAGGUACAGACCAAGACAAGGAUAUCGAAAAGGAGUCAUUAGCAAUUAAGCAACCAACUAGCGCCUCAGAUCCUGCUCUCAACUACGAUCACGUUGAUGGCAGCUUUGAGUUCGGAGGCAUCCGAGUGAGGCUCGUGACAUACAAGUCAAUACCGGGCGUCAUUCAGAUCAAUGCCUCGAAGACUAUAAGCGAAUGGAACACAUUACGUACACUCAAACAUGAAAAUAUUGUCGGCUUUGAUGACAACAAUCCCAGUAUUAGCCAUUGGCUACCUAUUAACGCCGAUGACCACGAGGAUGAUCCCAAAGGACGGUGUGAGCUAUAUAUCUCAAAACCCCCAUUAUCUGUCACCGUUGCAGCAGCGGCAGCCCAAUAUCCAUGGUCUGUCUUAGACGCGUAUAGGAUGUGCAAAGAUUUACUGGUGAAGGAUUCAAACUUGCGAAUAUCCAUCUGUGUGAAGCCGUAA